AGAAGGGGUCAACCAAAGAUUGGAAGCCUUUCUUUGUCUUCGUUUCGACGGGGCCCGAAUCUCCUUUCACGGGUUCAGGGCGCCCUUCCUUCCGUCGCAUCCCACGCCCCCCACCUGAUGCCACCCUUUUGUCUAUCACUCGCCAAUUCUGCAAUAAGGGAGUUAUGAACAUCAAAGAGGUGGUGACAGAGGAAACCCUUGCCGGGUUGGGGUUUGAGUUUGUUCAGGAUGAGCUUCGCCACCAACCCGACCUACUGAGGGACAUCCCCGGGGGGCAUCAGCCUGACCAGCUGAAGGACAUUCCUGAGGAAGGUCUUGAUUGUGGUCCUUUUGUGGAAUUACAAGAUUCAGGAGAAGAGAUGGACAGCGAUCUCCUGCUCAGUCGCUUCACCGCAGGGAGGAAAAGGAAGAGAGAGACGAAAGGCCAGGGCAAACGUUCUUCAUCCCACCACGAGGAGGGUCCUUCUCGAGAGCCGGUCGUAAUUGCGGUGGAGGACCAAGAAGAUGCUACCCAGGAACCGGGUACCAUGGCUGGCCAGUCCCCUCCACACCCCAUGAUGCAGGGUGGCGACCUCACUGGGUCGUCUCAGGGCAUUGCCUUGGGGCGACCUCCAUCACCACCCGCAAUGACCUACGAGGUGGCGACCGAGGGUCGCUCGACGAGGCUCUGCAUCCCUCCCCUGCCCCAAAGCCUAGGGGACGUACAGCUGGAGACUCUUAUCACUCUGCCUGCAGAAGACCAGGCUCGUAUCUCGGCAGGCUCCGAGGACGAUCUUGACAACAUGGUCCUUUUGAGGCUCAGUCAGGCUACGCUGGGGAUGAUUGAGGUGGUCGGCCAGAGACGGGGUCGCCAGGCCGCCGCGGACGAGGUGAUGAAAGCAGCCGAGGCCAAGCAGAAGGAGCUGCAGGAGGAGGUCGCCCGACUUACCAGGGAGUUGGAGGAGAAAGAAAAUCGCUGCGCGGUGCUUAUUGUGGAGAAAGCUUCCCAGGAGAACCGCUGCGUCGCCCUUGAGGCAGACAAGGCCUCCUUGUCCUUGGAGGUAGAAUCUGUUUCUGCUCGAGUGGUCGAGCUGGAAGGGGAGAAAUCUGAUCUGAUCCAGCAGUUGGACGUGGAGAGGAGCGAUCGGGUCCGCCAUGCAGAGGGAGCGGUAGAAUCCUUCAAGUCCUCUCCUGACUUCCCGGUAGUCGCAAUGGAGCGGAUGGAAGAACUAACGGCCGCUUGGCUCAAAACUGAACCUGGGGCCCAAUGGAUGGUCAAGGAGGGAACCAAGUCCUUCAAUUGCGGUCUCUUCCAUGCCCAACAGGUCUUCCACAACAGGCUGGCCCAGCUCCCUAAAGGAUUCUCUCUCCCCGACCUUGGCUUCCCUCCUCCCUGCCGCUCCUUGGCUGAGUUCGACCCCAGUCCCUAUCUGGACGGGGGGAGCUCGAGUGCGUCGGAAGAGGAGGAAGAAGAAGAAGUGGAAGGUGGUCAGAGCGACCAGAAUCCAGGUGCCAGCCUAGCCAUGUCCAAAGCGGGUGGACCCUCCGGCUCGGCCGUCUAAAUCCCCCAUUGUUCCCCCAUAGCUUUACCAACACUUGCCUAUCUCUUUUCCUUCGGAAUGAUUUGUCGUUUUGAUACAAUGCUCCUAUGUUGUUUAAUUUCCUAGAUUCGCCAUGUGUUUUCUCUUUUUGGCGCUUUACUUCAGCACUCUUUUUUUGAUUUAGCUGGUUAACAUG